GAAGAAGAAGAGGAUGAUGUGGAAGAGGAUGAAGAAGAGGAUGAUGAAGAAGAAGAGGAUGAUGAUGAAGAAGAAGAAGAGCAUGAAGAAGAGAAGAAGAAGAAGAGGAUGAAGAAGAAGAAUAAGAGUUUGAAGAAGAGGAUGAAGAAGAGGAUGAAGAAAAGGAUGAAGAAGAAGAAGAAGAAGAAGAGGAAGAGGAUGAAGAAGAGGAAGAAGAAGAGGAUGAUGAUGAAGAAGAAGAAGAGGAUGAAGAAGAAUAAGAAGAAG